CUGCGGAUCAACACCACAUGCGUUCUGCUGCUGUUAUGAAACGAUCAGCGGGCGAAUGAAAGCAUUCCUCGCCGCGGUGCGUGAGACCACAAACUUAUUUUUCCCCCCCCUUCCCCUCUAUCCAGAGGUCCGCGUGUGACGCGUCAGGCGGGCGCGCCCACUGCGGGUCUCCUCCCGGCGGCGAGGAGUUUGGAUGGACUCACGGAAAGACUGCACACGCCGCACAAAGAGUGCGGCGGCCGAGCGGGGGAAGUUACCGACGACCGAGGCCCAGCGAAACGGAGCUAAAGAAAGCGGCUAAGCGCUAGCGGUACCGACCCGUCCCAUCCCGUCCCACCCCGUCCCAUCACCGCGGAGCUGCCGGUGCUUUGGUCGGAAUCCCGAGCGAGGAGCGCUGCGCCGUGAGGGUUACUCAGGACACACCCGGUGCUAUACUUCAAGAGAGGAAGUAGAGGAUCAGGGACAGGACAGACGACUGCAUCCUUCUGGGGAACAGACGAGCAUAAUCACAGAAUUACAGCCCUGCGACAAUGGAAGACUCUGGCGAGGACUAUGGGAACUACACCUAUGAAGACUACCUGGAGUACGGAGACCUAGAGGAGCUUAAAGUACAUCACAGGCAGACAGAAACGAUGCACAUCAUCUCGGUGGUCAUCUACAUUAUUUCCUUUGUACUGGGUUUGAUUGGCAACGGGACUGUUAUUUGGGUGACGGCUUUCAAAAGCAAAAAGACAGUCAACAGUGUUUGGUUGCUCAAUCUGGCCAUGGCGGACUUUGUCUUUGUGCUCUUUCUCCCCUUCUACAUUGACUACAUCCUGAAGGACUUCCACUGGGACUUCGGUGUGGUCAUGUGUAAGCUUAACUCAUUUGUGUCCGUGAUGAACAUGUACGCCAGUGUGCUCUUCCUCACGGUGCUCAGCGUGGACAGAUACGUCUCGCUGGUCCACCUCACCUGGUCUCAGAAGUAUCGCACGAGAGGGCGGGCCUGGGUGGUGUGCGGUUACAUAUGGGGGCUGGCCGCCGCCGUGAGCUGUCCCGCGCUGAUUUUUCGCGACACCAUGCGCCUACACGACAAGGUGGUGUGCUUCAACAACUUUCACACGCACAACCGAGAGUCGGCGGCGCUGAAACACAUCACGAUGGUGGUCCUGCGUACCUCCGUCGGCUUCGUGCUGCCUUUUACGGCCAUAUGUGUGACGGGUGUACUUCUGACAAUCCGAGUGAAUAAAUCUGGCAGCGUGGUUCGGCUUUCCAGCUUCUCCAGAACGGUCUUCGCAGUGAUUCUGGCCUUCUUUUUAUGCUGGGCUCCUUUUCAUACUUUUUGCUUGAUGGAGUUAUCCGUAUAUUCUUCGGUUUACCUACACAACAUACUGAGAGCCGGCUUUCCUCUCGCCACCAGUUUGGGCUUUUUUAACAGCUGCAUUAACCCCCUGCUGUAUAUGCUCCUGGGCAAAAAGGUGCGUCAUAUCCUGAAGCGUGCAUGCCUGGACAUAACUAAGAGUUCACUGAGAGAGCUGAGCCAGUCUAUCUCUGCCACCGAGACGGAGUCCGUGCCGGACGUUCCCGCGGACAGCGUCCCAGAGGAGGCGGUAGAGUCAUCGGCUCUAUGAUCGCAAACCAUCACACUGGCUGCAGUUGUCCUUGAAAAAAAGUCAAGGAAAGACGGGGAAUUAGUUUACAGUAAAUAUGGAGGGAUAUAGCAUAGCUGUUCUUUCUAGCUGUAGUCUUAUUUCCUAGGUGGUUUUAUUUGGACAGUUAUGCAUAAUCAAAUGGAUAAUGUUUUCUGCAUAAAAUACAAAUAAUCAGCUAUGUGAGAAUGAAUUGACACUUCAAAUACAUAAAAUGCUUCUAGAAUGUGUGUAUAUUUUAAGAUCAUACAUUUAGUAAUAUUUUUGUCUUAAAUAACUUUAGCCUACUGAAUUUGUUGUACUCUGGAUGCAAGGCAUCUUUGGCUAGAUUUAAGCAAUGGUACAUAAAACCAUUGUUAGUCAACAUUAGUAUUUUGUAUACGGUUUUAUAUUUUAUAUGUAUUAAUGUAUUGUGAGCUGUUUUUUAAACUAAUUAAGAAAAAUGUAUUGUUAUAAUAUAUUUCAAAUAAAUAGUGGAUAUCCUAAUAAAUUUAUCCUGUUGAAUA